AUGAUAAGGACGGAGAAUUGGAAAGGGAAGCUUUUACUUUGAGCCUCUUCAAGACACUACAAAGAAAAAAAAGUUUGAUCCCUCUGUUUUUUUUAAAUGCAUCGGUUUCUUCAGUCAAAUCAUCAUGUCAAAGCCUAUUAAAGACACACUUAUUCUUCAGACAGGAGGUACAAUCGACAAGAUUUACCCUCAACAACCUGGUGCAUAUGGCUUUGAAAUUGGACAACCUGCCAUGGAAAACAUAAUGUCCCGUAUUUCGCCUGGAUUUCCUUUCCUGUUUGAAACAGUAUGCACAAAGGACAGCCAAGAAAUUACUGAUGCUGACAGGGAAGACAUUUUGCGCUUUGUCGUAGAAGGGGAUCAGCAACUUAUUCUGAUCACGCAUGGAACAGACACUAUGUGUGAGACGGCACGCUACUUAGUGCGAGCUGGAGUUGGCCAAGGCUCUAAUUUUGGACCUGGAGUUGGAGAAAAAGUCGUGGCUAUAACUGGGGCGUUCAAGCCGGAAUGCAUGAAAGACACAGAUGCAGAUUUCAAUGUUGGCUUUGCUUUGGGAUUUCUGCAAGCCUCUUCUGCACCCGGAGUCUAUGUGGUCAUGAAUGGGUGUGCCAUCCCUGGAGCUCAUGCAAUAAGAAACCAAAACGGAAAGUUUGUUGAUGACCGUGAUGUCCUCUCCAGGUUUUGAUGUUUUUUGGGGGUGAGCUACAGGUCAAACAUUUAAAGUUAUACAGCGUCCCAGGUCCUGUGCUGUAUAUACAUUUAUAGACAAUUUCCAAAAAGCUAGACGAAUGAGCCAUAUUUAAAAGCUUGGCUUUAUUAAACAAAAAACGCACUACUUGUCCAAGUGGCAGACAGAGACUGGUGAUAAUAGACAAGUGGACGGACUCUGGAUACUACACAGCAACACGGCACACUGAGCAACACUCACAAACACCAUGACAGACGAGAUGGGUGAACAGAGACGCAACAGGAGAAAUUAGAUAUCACCACAAUAUUAUAUGUAUCAAAUUCUUUUUUUGCUAUUUGUUAGGUUCCCACAGUGACCACCUGCCUAGCUUCCCUGGCUACAGGCUUCAGUUAAUUAAGUUAAAUGAUUGUAAUUUGAAUACUUUAUGGAGAUAAAUGAGUAGAAGCUCAGAAAGCUGCAAAGGAUAAAUUUUUUUUAAGCAAUGAGAAAAUCUGUUACAGGUCACUGGAAAGUUUUAAGAUUCGAACAAUUUACGUCUAGUGUUGGUUGUCACAUUUUUGUUCCUAUGUUCAUUUAGAAAUAUCUGAAGUAAUAACUGAAAUAAUCAGGAAAAUUGAACAGUUGAACAGUGAAAUACUCAGAAAAUGGAGGUGAAGAAGGAAAAUCAAGGAAUGUAGUAGGAAAAAGUUAACAAAAACUUGAAGCCUUCUACAUUGGUUCACAUCACAUGUUUUGGAAAUAUAAGCAUUAGUCCACGGUUAAGGUAGUUGCUUAUCACUUUGACAUACACCAGGUUUCUGACACUUUUGACCCAAGAAUUGGACUUGUUCUGCUAGUCUUCAUAGAAACAGGCUUAAAACUUACUAGUGCUUUUUGUUCUCUUUUCACCUGUUAAAAAUGUUUUGACGGAUGAAAAUGAAAAUUGAGGUUGCUCACCAAUUUUAGCUAUGGGGCUAGAAUAUUAAAUUAAUACCAAUUCUAAUAAAUCAAUCAAUCAAUAAAUCAAUCAAUGAUUACCUUCUGAGCUGUUAGACUCUUUGGAGAUCUGGAAUGAGACAGCAAAAGGGAAAGAAAAAACAAGGUAACUGAAAAUCCUUGGCAGAUGAAAACCAUUUGUUGCACUGUGCAUUCUUCAAUAGUGCCCGGAAAUGUGAGAGCAUAAUAAGUAACAAGUGAUUCCUGCUUUCAUCGUAUUGAUAUUCUUUUUUUAAUAAUAGCACGAACAGUUUAUAUUUGUUGAGAAAUCUUUGUUAUUCAAGAGUCAUUUAUUUACCUGUGUACAUUGUUUAUAGGAAUUUUUGAAAUUAUAUUUACCUUUUCAAGAGAGAGAGAGCGAGAGCGAGAGAGAGAGAGAGAGAGAGAGAGAGAGAGAGAGAGAGAGAGAGAGAGAGUAUUUACCAAUAUUUUUUUAAUGCUUGUCUGUAAGUCCUCUUUGAAAUGCUGGAAGUGCUUUUUUUUGUUUUUUCUGGUUUUUUGUUUAUUUCACUGUGGAAGCGAUGAGCUUGGAAUAAUUGAGGAUGUAUCUUUAAUGCCCUUGAUUAAAAGGUUAGAUCUACUGGAAAUGAAAGUCAAUUUAUGUGAAUAACUGUUAUACUUUCUAUUAUUUUUUGCAAAUUAAAAACAUAUUGGGAGUAAAAAUUCAAUAGACAGUGGCCUUUGUCUAACAGAAACCGAAGUUAUUAAGAGGAA